AUGGCGAGCUUCGCGAGAGGCUUUCGCCUCGUCCACUGCCCAUGGGCCACCUUGACUCCACGAAAUGCUCUCCCACACGUCUCCUCCUCCGCUCAGUCCCGAUUCUUUACAACUUCGCUUCGGCUGCGAGCAUCUACAGCGCCGAAACCCCAGCCUCAGCUCCGUAGAGAUGUCACCCCGAAAUCGACAGCGAGCCAGCCGAGUUCUUCUCCACUCCCCUCAGCGUCACUGGCUCCCAGCCGAUAUGCCUUUGUCAAGAGCUUGGCUUCCAAGCCCACCCCAACUCUGCUGUACGAGGCGCCUUCACAUUUUUGGUUCUACUUUGGAUGCUGGUCGAGCGGUUUAACCAUCAUCACUUGGACGGUGCUGACGGGCCCGACUGCCGUCCAGCAGCCAGAAGGCGUCCCGGUGUGGGUUGGCUAUACUCUUGGCGCCUCAUAUGCCCUGCUUGGAGCCAUGGGCUUCUAUCUUCUUUCCAAAACUCCCAACAUUGUUAGCAGCAUCCGCGUGCUGCCACCAGUUCAAGCGGCCGGCCAAACUACUGCUCGGCCAGGCAUAGCCUCUGCUGUGCCCCAGCUGGAAGUCAAGGUCAAGCGCAUGCUUCCCAUUCUGAAGCCCAAGGUUAUCACGACACCACUUGAUAAUGUCGCGCUGAAAACUCGAUUCUCGCUUCCAAGCGAAUAUGUACCGGAGCUGAGACGAAUCGAAAAGCAGCUUGAAGAAGAGGCUCGCAAGAGAGCGCUGUGGAAGUUCGACACCGAGCAUCUCCUCACCAUGCCUUUCCGGAGGAUCGGCCGUGCGUUUAAGAAUAUGUUUAAUGGUGUUAGAGCGGCAUGGACCGAUGUGGGAUACGGCAUCAUCAAGGUGGACGGAAAGCAGUACAAGGUGGAUGUUACCAGAGGGUACGCCCACGAUGGAUUCCGAACACUGGAGCGAAUUGUAAAUGUAGGCUGGAAAUGA